AAAGUCGAAUGUUUUUCUGUUAAACAUGUUGACGUGAUAGCAAAUGCCGAGUCGAUUAAUUUUUUUUCGCAAUUGGUUAAUCAUACAAUUUGUCGUAUUACUUAUACAGAUUUAUGCAUUAAGUAAUGAAAAACAAGUCGAAUCUUAGUGGCAACAUUCAAUUCUUAAAUAUGUGUCGUUUAAAUUCGCAAAUUUGGUUAACAUUAUCCUUGUUUUGCACGAUACAUUUUUUAACCCUUCUUCAAUUAAUUAAUGAAUGUUAUCAAUAAAACAUUUUUUGGAUGAGGUUGCCAUUUACAUUUAAAAUUAGUGAACUUAUUUCACUUUAUUACUCUUCUGAAAUUUGUCCACUUCAAGGUAGCUACAGCUUUGAAAAUGUGUUUGAAAAGAAAGAUUCUUUCGCAAUUGACUUCGAAUAAAAGGGAAUUGAGUACAGAUAUUAGAAAACCUUUCACAAGUAUACCUGGUCCAAUUUCAUUGCCUGUUAUAGGAACCCUUUAUCAAUACAUUCCUUUGAUUGGGAAAUAUAAGUUCACUAAGCUAGAAACCACUGGUUUAAAGAAGUAUAAGAAAUUUGGAAGUAUUGUGAAAGAAGAAAUAGCACCUGGCGUCAAUAUAGUCUGGUUAUAUGAUCCUCAUGAUAUUGAACACUUAUUUAGAAAUGAAGGAAUAUAUCCUAGGAGGAGAAGUCAUCUUGCACUUGAAAAAUAUAGACUGGAUAAACCUCAUGUGUAUAACACAGGAGGAUUGUUGCCCACAAAUGGCGAGAAUUGGUGGAAACUCAGACAGGUAUUUCAAAAAGGCUUAAGUAGUCCUAUGGCUGUUCACAAUUUUAUUUCUGGCAGUAAUGAAAUCAUUGAUGAAUUUUUAGAUAGAAUCAAUUAUAUUAAAGAAUAUUCAAAUGUUGACUAUUUACCAGAGAUCUCAAGGCUUUUUCUUGAAUUAAUGUGCUUGUCAGUAUUUGAUGUACGAAUGGAUAGUUUCUCUGAAAUUGAAUUUCGAAAAAAUUCGAGGUCCACAAAAUUGCUCAAGUCAGCUCUAACCACUAAUAGCUGUAUCCUAAAGUUAGAUAAUGGAUUUCAUUUGUGGAAACAUUUUGCAACACCCCUUUAUUGGCGAAUGAAAAGAGCUCAAACCUACAUGGAAGAUGUAGCUAUUGAUUUAGUAGGAAUAAAGAUGCACACAUAUGAAGAACUACCUUAUAAUCAUCCAAAGUGUUUGAUGGAUAUUUAUCUUCGAUCGAAAGACUUAGAUUUCAAGGAUAUUAUUGGAAUAAGUUGUGAUUUUCUUUUAGCAGGAAUGGAUACUACUUCUUACACUACAUCUUUUCUUCUAUAUUAUUUAGCCUUAAAUAAAGAAGUUCAAAAUAGGUUAUGGGAAGAGGUUAAGAGAUUAUUACCAAACUCAAACAGUCCUGUAACUAAAGAAGUGCUGGCAGAAGCUCAUUAUGCUAAGGCUUGUCUAAAAGAAACUCAUAGAUUACGACCAAUUUCAGUUGGAGUGGGAAGAAUUCUAGAUAGACCAACUGUUUUUUCUGGAUAUGAAGUACCAGAAGAUACAAUUAUUGUUACUCAAAAUCAGGUAUCUUGUAGAUUAGAAGAUUAUUUCCCUGAAGCAAACAAAUUUUUACCAGAAAGAUGGUUGAAAAAUGAUCCACUUUAUAGGAAAAUACAUCCAUUUUUAGUAUUACCAUUUGGACAUGGCAAAAGAUCCUGUAUAGCAAGACGAUUGGCAGAACAAAAUAUGCUUAUAUUGUUGUUGAAAAUAUCUCGAUGUUAUGAAGUUGGAUGGAUUGGUUACAAGUUGGAUACCAUUUCCUCACUCAUAAAUAAACCAGAUGGACCAAUUUUGUUGAAUUUCCGGGCUCGCUGAAUAAACUCGAAUUAAAAAUAUAUGAUAAUUGAAUUUUGUACUUUAUGAUUUAAUUUUGCAUUAUACAACUUUUUACA